UGCUGUGGAUGCCUUACCCUUAUUGAUAAAUUUUCAGUAAUAUUAACUGGGAUAUUCUUGUAAAAGUAAUCUAAUAGAAUAUUUUAAUUUAUCUGUUGAUAUUUGCAAACGCAGUCCCUUUGCUAUGGUGGAAAGGAGAAAGCUCUUUGAAAUUUACAACCAUCCAUACUUUCUUCCAUGUACUACCACUUCCCUAUUCUAGAAAGGGACAUGUAGUGGAUUCCCCACGAUCUUUUAGUCAGGAAAGAAACUCCUGCAGACUUAAUUGAAUCUGAGUGUACUGUUUGUUAUGAGUUUCACUGGCAUGGAUGUAAAAAUUAACUUUUAAAAGUAAAUUUUCUAUCCAGCAUUAAUUUUCCAUCUGAAAGGUAUGCACUCUGUGAUGUAAGUACAGCAUUGUGAAAAAGUGCCACUAGGCUUGGUGACACUCAUGUUUAAUCUCAGCACUCAGGAGACAAAGGCAGGUAGAUUACAGUGACUAUAGGCCAGCCUGAUCUACACAGUGAGUUCCAGGACAGUCAGAGCUACACGAUGAGACCCUAUCUCAAAAGCAAAACAAUAAAGAUAACUCAAAAAAAAAAAGGAGGAGGGAAAAAAGAAUGAAGGAAGGAAAAAGAAAGGAAAGAAGAAAAGAAGGAAGCAAGUAAUUAAGGAAGGAAAGCCAGAGAAGAAAAAAAAUGUGUCUUCUUGUUGAGGUCUGGCCCACCACAGAAAAGCUGUGGCCAUUUUGUUCCAUGCCUGCCUGCCAUUUCAUAUUGUUGCUGUAACAUUCCUGCCAGUCAUUGACACAGAAAUAUAACUUGACUCAGAGCAAGGUCAUGCUGAUCACAUAUCCUGUUAUGUUCUGUUUGAGAUUUGUUAAUCUUAAGAAAUUCCACAAAGCUUUACGUAGGACCCAUCAAAUUGAAGGUCAACAUGAACUGUUAUGUCUAAAAUGGCUUGAGUCAGAGCAGACCACAGGGCAGCACUUCCUGCACCUGUAUAUGGGCUCAUUGUACUUUCUGUGUGCUUUGUUUUCUUUUAUAAGCUCACAGGAAAAGAUGUUCAGUGUGGUAGCUCAGUCCCGGAAGUCUGAGCUGCUGACCUGGUUUAUGAGUCUUAGGGUGUGCCUUCAAUAAAGCGUUCUUGUCUGACAGAGAUCAAAAUUUGUGUGGUUUGUGGGGUGACUCUUGGACCCCAACACUUAUGUUGAGUUCUUAAUGUUGUGAAUUACAGCCUGGAAAUCACAGUAUGCUCUUUGAGGCAAUCAGAUCACAGGAUUUUCACAGUUAGACAGAGCAUUAUAAACCAGUUUGUGGUGGUACACACCUUUAAUCCUAGCACUCUGGAGGCACAGGCAGGUACAUCUUGGAGUUCUUUACUAGCCUGGUUACAGAGUGAGUUUAAGGACAACUAUACAGAGAAACCCUGUUUUUUGGGGGUGUGGGGAGAAAGAGACAAAAACAAAAUUGAAAGUUAUUAUAAUAUGAGAUAAUAUUAGAAAGCAUCUUGUGAAUAAUUCAUCUCAUCUCUGUCAGAAAAAUCUCUGCAGUUCUCUUGUCUUCUUGGUUCAAGAAAACCAUUCUGUGUAUGGACACAUGACCAAACUUAUGUAGAAGUCGCCAUGUAGACCAGGCUGGACUAGAAUUCACAGAUUUCCACCCACCUCUAUCUCCUCAGUGCUCACAUUAAAGUGCAGCAGCAGGAAGUUCAAACUGUUGUCUUUUAUUCUGUGGUCUGUUGACAAUCAGUGGUGACUGUGGAUUUCUCCCAGGAGGAGGGGCAAUGCCUGGUCCCUGCUCAGAGGUCUCUGAGACUGCAUGUUGCAGAAUUAGAUGAGUCUGGUUUCUAUGGGGCUCACUGAUCACCCAGACCUGCUCUCCUGUGGAACAGAACAAAGAGACCUGGACGAUGGAGAGGAAAGAGACAGUAGCUAAGGAUCCAGAACCACAAUCUGGACAUUCAUUGUUAUUCAAAGAGAAAAUCAAAGAAGAGAAACAGGAAGAAAUGGCUGAUUCUCCAGUAAACAUGUCACAGAGUCUGUUGACAUUCCGGGAUGUGGCCGUGCACUUCUCUCAGGAGGAGUGGGAAUGCCUAGACUCUUCUCAGAGGGCUUUGUACAUUGAUGUGAUGUUGGAGAAUUACAGCAACCUGGUCUCUGUGGAGAACUACUGCAUAUGUGAAACUGUCCAUCAACAUGUGAAGACUGAAAAGGAGUCUUGUCAGUGUAAUGAGCUUGGUGAAAUGCUUCGUGGUCCCUCCAACUGUGCACUUUAUAAAAGAAGUGACACUAUAGAAACCUCUAAUAACUGCAGAUGCUGUAAGGACAGGGGUGCCUCUGUUGACUCAUCGAACCCAGAUCAACAUACAAGCACGCACACUGGAGAAGAACCUUGCACAUCUAAAAACUGUGAGAAAUCUUUCAGUUUGUGUUCCAACAUUAGGGAAGAUCAAAGACUCUACACUGCAAAGAAAGAGCACAAGCAGGAUGAAUAUGAUGACCGUUUCAGCUCUACAUACAGUCUCAUGCAACAGACAGUUGAUAUGGGAGAGAAACCACAUCAGUGUGGGCCCUGCAGGAAAUACAUCAAUACCACCUCAAGCCUCAGUUUACAUCAGAGAAUUCAUACUGGAGAGAAACCUUACAAGUGCAAUAUUUGUGAGAAAUCGUUUAAUCAGUGGUCAAGGCUUAAAACACAUCAAAUACUUCAUAUUUCAGAGAAACAGUACAAAUGCAAAGAGGGUAGAAUGUCAUUUGUGCAGGUAUUUGCACAUAAAAGCCAUCAGAGAAGGCACACUGGAGAGAAGCCUUACAAAUGUAAGGAGUGUGACAGAUCCUUUGCCCACUGUGCAUCAUUAAGAUGGCACCAGAAAAUUCAUUCUCCUGAGGUACAUUAUGAAUGCAAAGAAUGUGGUAAGGCCUUUUCUGAAUUAUCUCAUCUUAAAAUGCAUUACAGAAUCCAUACUGUCGAAAAGCCUUACAGAUAUGAGGAAUGUGAUACAUCUAGUACUGUGAAUUCAACUCUUAAAAAUCAUCAGAAAAUUCAUACCAGGGAGAAACCUUACAGAUAUAGGGAAUGUGACAAAUCUAUUACCAAGUGCUCAUAUCUUAGAACAUAUCAGAGAGUUCAUACUGGAAUGAGACCUUAUAGAUGUACAGAAUGUGACAAAUCUUUUACUACGUACUCAAAUCUUAGACAACAUCAGAAAAUUCAUACUGGAGAGAAACCUCCCAACUGCAAAGGUUCUGAUAAAUCCUUUCUCCGAAUUUCUAGUGUUAGAAAACAUCAGAAAAUUCAUGCUGGAGAGAGACGUUAUGGAUGUAAGGAAUGUAGCAGAUCUUUUACCUGGUUCUCAAAUCUUCGAGUCCAUCAGAGAGUUCAUACUGGAGAGAGACCAUACAGAUGUAAGGACUGUGACAAAUCUUUUACUACGGGCUCAAAUCUUAGAGUUCAUCAGAAAAUUCAUACUGGAGAGAAACCUUACAAAUGUAAAGACUGUGACAUAUCCUUUCUGUGGAUUUCAAAUCUUAGAACCCAUCAGAAAAUUCAUACUGGAGAGAAACCUUACAAAUGUCAGGAAUGUAAGAAAUCUUUUACUAGAUGCUCAUAUCUUAGAGACCAUCAGAAAAUUCAUACGGGAGAAAAACUUUACAAAUGCAAAGACUGUAAUGUAUCUUUUAUGUGGAUAUCAAGUCUUAGAAGACAUCAGAAAAUUCAUACCGGAGAGAAACCUUACAAAUGUAGAGAAUGUGAGAAAUCCUUUACUCAGUGCUCAACUCUAAGAGAUCAUCAGAAAAUUCAUACUGGAGAGAAACCUUACAAAUGCAAAGACUGUGACAUAUCCUUUCUGUGGAUUUCAAGUCUUAGAAGACAUCAGAAAAUUCAUACUGGAGAGAAACCUUACAAAUGUAAAGUCUGUGGCAUAUCCUUUCUGUGGAUUUCAAAUCUUAAAACACAUCAGAAAAUUCAUACUGGAGAGAAACCUUACAAAUGUCAGGAAUGUAACAAAUCUUUUACUAGAUGCUCCUAUCUUAGAGUUCAUCAGAAAACUCACACUGGAGAGAAACCUUACAAAUGUAAAGACUGUGGUGUAUCCUUUAUGUGGAUUUCAAAUCUUAGAAGACAUCAGAAAAUUCAUACUGGAGAGAAACAUACUGUUGUCAAUAAUGUGACAUAACAUUUAUCUGGUGUUCUCUGCUUGCAAAUCACAAGGAGAUAAGUGAUCAAAAUAUAAAGAUAACAUAACGAGAUUGUUAAAGCCUUUAAUGGCGAUUAAAAUCUUUACAAACUGCAUCAGAGUUUAUAUUAAAAUAGAAUUCUGCAAAUAUA